AUGAAGAGCAGACUGUCUCUGGCGGCGGCUGCCGUCCUGGCACUGCUGCUGCUGUCCACCUCCUCUCAGGCCCAGGGUCAAGUCGACCCUCCGACAGAAUUGAGGUUUAAGAUUUUAAAUGAGAACACAGUACAAAUGAUCUGGAGCAAACCACAGUCGAGGAUACAGGGCUACAGAAUACAAGUGACCUCAGACACAGAAGAACCAACAAAAGAAUUUACUCUGCCUGCAUCUGCGACUAAGACCUCCAUCUCAGACCUGAGUCCAGAUGUGGAUUAUGUGGUAACGAUAUCUGCAUACGCUGGAUCAGAGGAAAGUCUACCCGUCUCCGGCCAGAUCACACUUGAGUCGAGUGGCGGCACAAAAGGACCUUCCAGGAAACCAGACUCUUCAGAUUCAGUCAAAUGCUCUCUCAGUGCCAUUGCUGACGUGGUGUUCUUAGUGGACGGCUCCUGGAGCGUCGGCAGGCCGAACUUCAAAUACAUCCGCAACUUCAUCUCGGCGGUGGCCAGCGCCUUUCAGAUCGGAGCGGAAAGAACCCGGGUGGGCGUGGUCCAGUACGCCAACGACCCCCAAACCGAGUUUGACCUCAAACGACACUUGACCCGACCGGAGCUGCUCCGCGCCAUCGGCUCAAUGCCGUACAAAGGAGGAGAAACCAAGACAGGCGAUGCCCUCGACUUCCUGCUGAAAAACAGUUUCACCGAAGAGGCCGGUGCCAGGAACGAUUUUCCCAAAGUGCUUGUGAUUAUCACGGACGGCAAAUCCGAGGAUCCAGUGGAGAGCUACGCCAGGCAGCUCCGGAGCAGGGGGGUGGAGAUCUUUGUCCUCGGCAUCCAACAGGCGGAUGUAGAGGAGAUGAAGCUGAUGGCCUCCACGCCUCACAGAAACCACAUCUUUAGUGUCGCCAACUUCAACCAGAUGAAGAAUGUGCAGAAAGAGCUCAUCACUCAGGUGUGCGCUGGUGUCGACGAUCAACUCUCAACACUCGUCAGCGGAGAAGAAGUUGUUGAGUCAGCGUCCAACCUCCAGAUCCUGGAGGAGGCCUCAAAGUCAAUGCGGUUGACCUGGGACGCCCCUAUCGGAGAGUUCACCGGAUACAAGCUAACCAUGAUCCCCAUGAUGGCCGGCAGCAAGCGGCAGGAGCUUUACAUGGGCCAGACCCAGACCUCGGUGGUGGUCAGAGACCUUUCUCCAGACACGGAGUACCAGAUCAGUCUGUUCGCCUUGAGGGGCCUGACGCCCAGCGAGCCCCUCACCGCCAUGCGGAAGACGCUUCCAGUUAUAUUAUCAAUGGAGUGCUCUCUCGGCGUGGAUGUUCAAGCCGACGUCGUCCUCCUGGUUGACGGUUCCUACAGCAUCGGUCUGGCUAACUUCGCUAAAGUGAGAGCUUUCCUGGAGGUGCUGGUGACCACCUUUGACAUCGGGCGGGAUAAGGUCCAGAUCAGCUUGGUCCAGUACAGCAGGGACCCCCACACCGAGUUCUACCUGAACACUCACCACGACCUGGGCGCUGUGGUCAAGGCCGUGAGGACUUUCCCGUACCGCGGCGGCUCCACCAACACCGGUAGGGCCAUGACCUACGUGAGAGAGAAGAUCUUCCAGUCCAACAGAGGGGCGCGCCUUAACGUUCCCCGCGUCAACAUCCUCAUCACUGACGGGAAGUCGUCCGACGCCUUCCAGGCCCCGGCCACCAGGUUGAGGAAUGCCGAUGUGGAGAUCUUUGCCGUGGGCGUUAAGGAUGCCGUGAGAACGGAGCUGGAGGCCAUCGCCAACGAGCCUGCAGACACCCACGUGUACACCGUAGAGGACUUCGAUGCCUUCCAGAGAAUCUCCAAGGAGCUCACACAGUCCAUCUGUCUGAGGAUCGAGCAAGAACUUAGCAUCAUCCAACAGAGACGCCUGAUCCAACCGAGGGCCCUGUCCUUCUCAGAGGUCGGCCCCAGAAGCUUCAGGGCCGCCUGGGAGAUCGACGCCACCAACGUGGAGUCCUACCUGGUUCAGUUCAAGCCGGCGGACGACCAGGACGGGCACCAUGUGUCCAUGUCUGUGCCCGGGGACACACUCACCACCAUCCUCCCUCGCCUCGUCCCCCUCACCCGCUAUGAAGUCAGCGUUUAUGCUCAGUACGACAAAGGGGACAGCUUGCCUGUGACCGGCUACGAGACCACUUUAGAAGAACUCGGCUCCGUGCGCGGCCUAAGAGUAUCCGAUGAGACCACAGACAGCUUCAGAGUGUCGUGGCAGGCGGCUCCGGGAGACGUCACUCGGUACCGGUUGACCUAUGAACCAGUAGGGGACCAGAGCUCGAGGCUGGAGACGGCCACCGUCGGCCCCGAGACCGACAUCGUUCUGCAGGAGCUGCAGCCUAAAACCACCUACCGCGUCACCGUCACUCCUGAAUACAUGACCGGCUCCGGAGUGCCGCAGCAGGCGGACGGCACCACCAAAGAAGCCAGGGGUUCCCCUCGCGACCUGAGGGUUUCCGACGAGACCAUGUCCUCCAUGAAGGUCUCCUGGGAGCCGGCACCGGGGAAAGUGCUCCAGUACCGCGUGGCGUACAAACCCUCCGCCGGCGGCCCCGGGAAGGAAGUGUCGGUGAAGGGCGACAACAGGGCCACCAUCCUGAAGAACCUGCAGCCGGGAACCCAGUACGACAUCUCCGUCAGUGCACGAUACCCGUCCGGCCUCGGCGACGCCCUGGAGGGACAGGGCUCAACGCUAGAAGAGGUGGGACCCCCAAAGAACCUGGUCACCAGCGACGUUACCGACUCCAGCUUCGCGACGUCCUGGACGGCGGCGCCCGGCAACGUGAAGACGUACCGGGUCCGAUGGCAGUCGCCUUUAUCGGGGGAGAUCGGAGAGAAAAUGGUGCCGGGAGACGUGACCGCCACCGUGCUGGACCGUCUGCGUCCGGAGAUGCUCUACCAGGUCUCUGUGGUCGCCAACUACGAUCAGAGGAGCAGCGACCCGCUCACCGGACAGGAAACCACCGACGUCUCUGCUGCCGGCAAAGCGUUGACCGUGUCUGACGAAACCGAGCGAAGCAUGAAAGUCUCGUGGAUGCCGGCGCCGGGAAAGGUGGCCCACUACCGUCUGAAGUACGUCCCCGUUGCAGGAGGCAAAGAGGUGGCGCUCAAGAUCCCCGGGACGAGCACCUCCACCGUCAUGAAGCGCCUGCAGCCCACCACCACCUACAACAUCACCGUUCACCCCAUCUACAAGCGCGGGGAAGGAAAAGCAAGGCAAGGAGUAGGAACGACACUGUCGCCGUACAAGGCCCCCAGGAACCUCCAGACAUCAGAGCCCACCAAGGACAGUUUCAGGGUCUCCUGGGAUCCGGCACCCGGACAGGUUCGGGGCUACAAAGUCACCUUUCACCCCGAAGGGAAUGAUAUUGAUCUUGGGGAGCUCCUGGUGGGACCCUACGACAAUACAGUCGUUCUAGAGGAACUUAGGGCCGGAACAAAGUACUCUGUCGCCGUGUUCGGGGUGUUUGACAACGGGCAGAGUUUGCCUCUGGCAGGCGAGGAGAAUACGACCCUCAAUGACGCCCCUGAGCCGCCGUCUUUGUCGAGUAGCAUUAACUGUAAGACCUCAGCGAAGGCCGACUUGGUUCUGCUGGUCGAUGGCUCCUGGUCCAUCGGACGCAUCAACUUCAAGACCAUCCGCAACUUCAUCACUCGCAUGGUCAGCGUGUUCGAGAUCAGCCCUGACAGAGUCCAGAUCGGUCUGGCUCAGUACAGCGGAGACCCAAAGACCGAGUGGCACCUGAACACCCACUCGACCAAGGCGUCCCUGCUGGACGCCAUCACCAACCUGCCGUACAAAGGAGGCAACACCAUGACAGGGAUGGCUCUGAACUACAUCCUUCAGAACAACUUCAAAACCAACGUGGGGAUGCGUCCCGACGCCCGCAAGAUCGGUAUCCUGAUCACUGACGGAAAGUCGCAGGACGAAAUCGUCUCCACCUCGCAGAGCCUGAGAGACGAGGACAUCGAGCUCUACGCAGUCGGUGUGAAGAACGCCGACGAGAACGAGCUGAGGUCCAUCGCCUCCGACCCCGACGAGAUUCACAUGUACAACGUCAACGACUUCAAGUUCCUGGUGGACAUCGUUGACGACCUCACCAUCAACCUGUGUAACAGCGUCAAAGGCCCCGGGGAGCUGGAGGUGCCCACAAACCUGGUGACCUCGGAGGUGACCCAACGCUCCUUCCGUGCCACCUGGACGGCACCCGGCGGCCCCGUCGACAUGUACCGGGUCACCUACAUGAUGGCGGCCGGAGGACCCACACUGGAGAUGCUGAUCGACGGCUCGGUGAACACGGCGGUGCUGGAAGGCCUGAACCCUCUGACUGAGUAUCUGGUCAACGUUUACUCCAUCGUCGACGAGCAGAGCAGCGAGCCUCUGAAGGGCACCGAGACCACCUUGCCGCUGUCAACACCGACCAACAUGAACGUUUACGACGAGACCUCCACCACCAUGAGGGUGAGAUGGGUCGAGGCGGACGGAGCCACCGGCUACAUGAUGCUGUACCGAUCCAUCAACGCCACCGAGCCUCAGCAGGAGAACGAGAUUCGUGUUGGAGGAGAUGUAACUGACGUCCAGCUGAUGCAGCUGAUCCCCAACACUCAGUACUCCAUCUCUCUGUAUGCGCUGCAUGGAGAGGCUACCAGCCUGCCUCUGGAGGGGAGAGGAGUCACCUUGCCUGUUCUUCCUGCCGGAGUCCUGAGGGUCAGCGACGUUACCCACAGCACCAUGAAGCUCAACUGGGACGCUGCUCCCGGAGCCGUCCGCAAGUACACGAUCGCCUACAAACCAGCUGAGGGAGACCUGAAGGAGGUCGAUGUCAACGGCGACAUCACCACGCUGGACCUGUCGAGUCUCAUCUCCCAGACCGAGUACGACGUGAGCGUCAACCCGUUCUACGAUGAGGGACCCGGAGUCCCGAUGCUCGGAAACGCCGUCACAGAUGUGGUUCCUGCUCCCAAGAACCUGCAGUUCUCUGAGGUGACCCAGACCUCGUUCAAGGCCACCUGGGAGCACGGGGCCCCGGACGUGGCCCUCUACCGCAUCGGCUGGACCAAGAAGGGGGAGCAGAACCCUCAGUUUGCCAUCCUGAACAGCGACGAGACCACCCACGUCUUGCCGGACUUGGAUCCCGACACCGAAUACUCCGUCACCGUCACGGCCAUCUACCCCGACGAGUCAGAGAGCGAGGACCUGAUGGGAAGCGAGCGCACACUGCCAGCUCAGCCUCCUCGCAACUUGAGGGUUUUCAACGCCACCACGUCCACGCUGGCGCUGAAGUGGGACGCCGCCCCCGGCGCUGUCCAGAACUACAAGAUCACUUACAAUCCCAUCGGUGGAGGCGAGCCUCUCUCAACGCAGGUCGGAGGGAAGAAGACCGGCGUCAUCCUGCAGAAGCUGGAGCCCGACACCAAGUACUCCGUCUCCGUGGCCGCCGUUUAUCCCACCGGCGUCAGCAGAGACAUCAGUGGCGAAGGACAAACCAAGGCUCUGGGCGGCGUGAAGAAUCUGAAGGUCACUGAUCCCACCACCAGCUCACUCAAGGUGCGCUGGGAGCCGGCGGAGGGCAACGUCCGCCAGUAUCGCCUCUUCUACGUUCCUUUAGCCGGAGGCGCCGAGGACAUGGAGCAGGUGUCAGGCGGCACCACCAACACCGUCCUGAGGAACCUGCUGUCGGACACGCCCUACACCGUCACCGUGGUCCCGGUUUACCCCGAGGGAGAAGGUCUGCGCCAGUCCGACGACGGAAAGACACUUCCACGCACGCCACCCAGGAACAUCCAGGUGUACAACCCCAGCCCCAACAGCCUGAACGUGCGCUGGGAGCCCGCCUCGGGCCAGGUUCAGCAGUACCGGGUGGUGUACUCCCCUCUGACCGGAGGUCCAGCCAGCGAGUCAGUCCUGGUUCCAGGAAAUGUUAACAACGCGUUCCUGGACAACCUGAUCCCAGACACUCCCUAUUCGGUCAGCGUCUCGGCUCUGUACGCCGACGGAGAAGGACCGCUGAUCAAGGACGCCGGCAAAACACUGCCGCGGGCCGGCCCCAGGAACAUGCGUGUGUUUGACGCCACCACCAGCACCCUCACCAUCGGCUGGGACCACGCCGAGGGACCCGUGAGGCAGUACAAGAUCGCCUACGCCCCCAUGACCGGAGACCCCAUCACAGAGUUUACUACAGUUCCAGGGAACAGAAACAACGCCAUGCUGCAGAAUCUGUUCCACGACACCCCAUACAACAUCACCGUGGAGGCCAUCUACGCCGAGGGGCCCGGAGGAUCCCUCAAUGGAAACGGACGGACAGUGGGGAUGUUGAGUCCCAGGAACCUCCGAGUCUCAGACGAGUGGUACACCCGGUUCAGAGUGGCCUGGGACCCGGUGGCGGCUCCUGUCCAGGGAUACAGACUCACCUACGCCCCUGCAGGCACAAACCAGCCCAUGGACUUCUUCGUGGGCGAUGUGACCUCAUACACUCUGCACAACCUGCUGCCUGGAACCACCUACGACCUCAAAGUGGUCGCUCAGUACGUCGGCGGCGCGAGUGGGCCGCUGCCUGGACAGGGAACAACACUUUACCUGAACGUGACCAACAUUGAGACCUACGACGUCGACCACGACAAGUUCUGCAUCAAGUGGACUUCUCACAGAGCGGCCACGUCGUACCGCAUCAAGCUCCAACCCGCCGACAGUGAUAGAGGCCAGCAUGAGAUCACCAUCCCCGCUGGUCUUCCUCAGUACUGCUUCGACGGACUCUCUCCUGACGCCCUCUACACCGCCACCGUCUUCGUUCAGACCCCCAACCUGGAGGGUCCGGGGGUCAGCGCCAAAGAGAGGACACGGGUGAAGCCGACUCCAAUUCCAACGCUCCCACCCACCCAGCCCCCGCCCACCAUCCCCCCCGCAUGGGCAAUUUGCAAAGGAGCCAAAGCCGACGUGGUGUUCCUCAUCGACGGCUCCUGGAGCAUCGGAGAGGAGAGCUUCACCAAAGUCGUGAGCUUCGUCUCCGGAAUGGUCGCCGCCUUCGACGUGGUCGGUCCAACAGGAAUGCAGGUGUCGUUUGUUCAGUACAGCGACGACGCAAAGACCGAGUUCAGGCUGAACGCUUAUCGAGACAAAGGCAUCGCCAUGUCUGCACUGCAUCUCAUCCGCUACCGAGGAGGAAACACCAAGACAGGAGUGGCUCUGAAACACACCUAUGAGAAGGCCUUCUCUAUGGAGAACGGGAUGAGGAGGAACGUCCCCAAAGUGGUGGUCGCCAUCACCGACGGACGCUCUCAGGACGAGGUGAAGACGAAGGCCGCCAAGCUGCAGCACGCAGGUUACAGCGUCUUCGCCAUCGGUGUCGCCGACGUGGACUUCGUGGAGCUGCAGCAGAUCGGCAGCAAACCCAGCGACAGACACGUCUUCGUUGUGGACGACUUCGACGCGUUCGACACCAUCAAAGAAAACCUCAUCACCUUCAUUUGUGAGACCGCGACAUCAUCGUGUCCCCUGAUUUUCCUGAAUGGAUUCACUUCACCUGGCUUCCGGAUGCUGGAGGCGUUCAACCUGACGGAGAAGACCUACGGUUACGUUAAAGGCGUCUCCAUGGAGCCGGGCUCCUUCAACAGCUACACCUCCUACAGACUGCACAAAGACGCCUUCCUGACUCAGCCAACGACAGAGAUUCAUCCCGACGGUCUUCCUCACUCCUACACCAUCAUCCUCAUGAUCCGCCUGCUGCCCGACUCGCCCAGCAAGGCCUUCGACAUCUGGCAGGUGUCAGACAAAGACCACAAGCCAGAGACCGGAGUCACCCUGGACCCCUCCAAACAGACUGUGUCCUUCUACAACAAAGACCAGCGCGGUGAGACCCAGAGAGUCACGUUCGACAACGACCGAGUGAAGAGAAUCUUCCACGGAAGCUUCCACAAGCUCCACAUCCUGGUUUCAUCCACCGGCGUCAAACUCAACAUCGACUGCCAAGAAGUGGCCGAGGAGGCGUUGAAGGAGGCCGGAAACACGUCCAGCGACGGGUACCAGGUUCUGGGAAAGAUGUCGAAGUCCAUCGGCUCCAAAGGAGAAUCAGCCACCUUCCAGCUCCAGAUGUUCGACAUUGUGUGCAGCUUGGGCUGGACCAGCAGGGACAGAUGUUGUGACCUCCCGUCUAUGAGAGACGAGCUGAAGUGUCCGUCUCUUCCAAACUCCUGCAGCUGUACGUCGGCGGGCACCGGGCCGUCGGGGCCUCAGGGACCAGUGGGAGCCCCCGGCAGCAAAGGCCCCCGAGGUGAAAGAGGAGAGGCCGGUCCUGUUGGGCCGAUGGGCCCUCGUGGAGAUAACGGACCACCGGGGCCCAUGGGUCUGCCCGGCCCUCAAGGACCCAGCGGCCUGUCGAUUCCUGGAGAAGCUGGUCGCGCCGGACCGAAGGGAGAACCCGGUGACUCGGGUUUACCAGGACAGAAAGGUUCUACGGGUCCUCGUGGUUCUUCUGGCCCCAUCGGACCAGCUGGAGUCCGGGGCCCUCAAGGAAAGGAUGGAUCGUCCGGACCCAGAGGCCCCACAGGGCCCAUGGGACCUCCAGGUUCUCCUGGAUCAACGGGCGGUGCAGGAAAACCAGGAAACCCCGGAGACUCUGGAACUCCUGGUUCUCUCGGUCCAAAGGGAGACAAGGGAGAGAGAGGCGACUUUGCUCCUCAGAACAUGAUGCGAUCGAUUGCCAGGCAGGUCUGCGAGCAGCUGGUCAGCGCACAAAUGUCUCGCGUCGACACGCUGCUGAACCAGAUCCCCAACGGCAUGUACCGCAGCAACAACCCGGGUCCUCCAGGGCCCCCGGGGACCAACGGCAGGCAGGGACCCCGCGGAGAGCCCGGCAGCACGGGAAGGAACGGAUUCCCAGGAACUCCAGGAUCACCGGGCCAGACGGGAGAGCGAGGUCCUGCAGGAGAGAAAGGCGAACGAGGAUCUUCAGUAGUCGGACAGAAAGGACCGAGAGGACCCGCUGGUCCACCAGGAGAAAGCAGAACCGGAGCCACAGGCCCUUCAGGAGCCGCCGGACCCCGCGGACCCCCCGGACGUAACGGGUACGCCGGAGUCCGCGGACCCCCCGGCCCUCCUGGAUACUGUGACUCCUCUCAGUGUGUCGGCAUCCCUUACAACGGGCAGGGCUACGGAGCACCUGACCCCGACACCCGAGUAGACCCAGACCCCGAGGAGGACCAGCUGUCACAAAACCAGCGUCGAAAGAGGUCGCUAUCAAGAAAGUCAUCCAGCAGGCUAACAUCAUAAGACCACCACGUUCUAUCUUUAUCUUGUUCAACCUGUGUUUAGAUUUCUGCACAUUAUAUACACACACAUUUAAAAAAAACGGGGUUUGACACCUCGAGUUUAUAGGAAAACACCUUUAAAUGUCUUAAAACGUAUGUUAAUAUUCAUUUUUGUAGCAGGUGAAAGGUUUGGACGGAGCGGAGGGAAGUUUGAGAAUGUUAAGAAUCCAUGAAACAUGUCUUUUUUUUUGCUUGUAACAUAUUUGCAUCCAGUUUGUUGUAACGAAGCUAAAGAAAACAGAGAGAAUUUGUUUGUUCACAGUUCAUCCGGUACGUUAAAUAUAAUCACUCUUCAGUUAAAUCACGGCAGUUAAACUCCGCUUUCAUUGUGUAUCUCUAGACUUUGUAUUUAUCAGUUUUCCUUUAAUCCGUCACAGCUCAUUUUAACAAAAAUGUGGAAUUGCAUGUCUGUGGUGUAUAUUUAGUAGAUGUUGGUUUUUUUGUUACAUUUCUUUUCUUUUUUUUUUGUUUUAACCAGAAUAUAGUUGUUGUCAUUCUUGUCAUUUUCUCAGUAUCGAAUGCAGUCGAAAAAAAAAAAAACCUGCGUGCAAGACUAUGGAAGUGGUAUUGCUGCUUCAUGUUUGAACUGCAGAUUGUGAAUUCCACAGCCUUAUUUUCUUAUUUAUUUCUGAAAACAGAAGAGGCAUUUUUCAAUAA